CCCUAGGAAGCUGGUCGAGUCCCGUGCCCCUCCUUCCGACGCGGCGGUGAUCGAAUCGAGCGCCCGCCACGGCGAUGGCGACUCGAGUCCUGCCGCCGGCGCUGCUUCCUCUCCUCCUCCUGCUGCUGCUCCCGCUCUCAGCCCGCGCCACCGCCGCCGCGGGCGAGGAGUUCCCGCGCGACGGACGGGUGAUCGACCUGGACGAGAGCAACUUCGAGGCGGCGCUGGGCGCCAUCGACUUCCUCUUCGUCGACUUCUACGCCCCGUGGUGCGGCCACUGCAAGCGCCUCGCGCCCGAGUUAGAUGAAGCUGCGCCGGUGUUGGCAGGGUUGAGUGAGCCCAUCGUAGUUGCCAAAGUAAACGCUGACAAAUACAGGAAACUUGGAUCAAAAUAUGGAGUAGAUGGGUUCCCUACCCUGAUGCUUUUUAUCCACGGUGUCCCAAUUGAAUACACUGGUUCAAGGAAAGCUGACCAGCUUGUCCGCAAUCUGAAGAAGUUUGUUGCGCCAGAUGUUUCUAUCCUUGAGUCAGAUGCUGCGAUAAAGAACUUUGUUGAGAAUGCUGGUACAAGCUUUCCUAUGUUCCUUGGUUUUGGGGUGAAUGAGUCGUUGAUUGCUGAAUAUGGAAGGAAAUACAAGAAAAGAGCUUGGUUUGCUGUUGCAAAAGAUUUCUCCGAGGACAUGAUGGUAGCCUAUGAUUUUGAUAAGGUUCCAGCACUAGUUGCAAUACAUCCAAAGUAUAAGGAACAAAGUUUAUUCUAUGGCCCAUUUGAAGGAAAUUUCUUGGAAGAUUUUGUACGACAAUCCCUGCUCCCUUUGGUUGUCCCAAUCAAUACGGAGACACUAAAAAUGCUGAAUGAUGAUGAGAGGAAAGUUGUUCUCACAAUUUUGGAGGAUGAUUCAGAUGAAAACUCUACACAACUGGUACGAGUCUUGAGAUCUGCUGCUAAUGCGAACCGUGAUUUGGUGUUUGGAUAUGUUGGAAUCAAGCAAUGGGAUGAGUUUGUGGAGACUUUUGACGUUUCCAAGAGCUCACAGCUGCCAAAGCUGCUGGUGUGGGAUAGAAACGAGGAGUAUGAGCUAGUGGAUGGUUCAGAGAGAUUAGAAGAAGGUGACCAAGCAUCCCAAAUAAGCCAAUUCCUGGAGGGAUACAGAGCAGGAAGAACCACAAAGAAGAAAGUCAGCGGCCCUUCUUUCAUGGGUUUCCUGAACUCUCUGGUCAGCAUGAAUUCGCUGUACAUCCUUAUAUUUGUCAUUGCCCUUCUGGUUAUCAUGGUGUACUUUGCUGGGCAAGAUGAUACUCCUCAGCCAAGACGAGUUCAUGAAGAGUGAUGGAAGCUUGGGGUGCUUCUUGCUACUAAAGAUGGCAGAUCUACCGGGAGAUGUAGCUCAGAGGUUAAAUCUCAAACUUUCAACUGACGUGAUUCCUGAAGAAGUGUGGUUUCGGAAAAUGAUGCUGACAUUCUUCAAUUUCUAUUGGCAAUCAACUUCUACAUUUUGCCUGUUUGCAGUUCUGCUUUCUGUCCUUCGAUUUGUUUGUUGUUUAGAGCUUAGAAACUAGCCUCUGCUUGUGUAUUUUAGAAACUGCCAUUUCUGAGUUCAUCCUGUGCAUUAAAUAUUUACUGUGAAAAUAUAUUUGUCAUCAUACUCGGCUACUAAGCUUUUGUAAAAUUAAUACAGGAUAUAUAGAAGUGUGUGCUAUUAUGCUA